AUGGAGGAGGAAGACGAUGAAAGAAAAAGCCGACGGCCUAAUCUUGCCACUUUUAGCUCACUUAACGCUCGAGUCGUGCACGCUUCCCUCGAGGAGGGAUACAUACGACAACAAGCUUCAUCAGAAUCUGCAGAUGCAAAUACCUCGAGUAUUUCGGCAGCUCAAUAUAGUGACAGAAGUUUUGCUUCAAAAACGAGCACCUUCUCACGAAGUGGGACCUCGAGUUCGAGCCAAGAAGAAUGCGAGGUGGCACAGACUACGAUAACUAGCGGGCAAUAUUUAGUCGCAGCACGUGUUGAAACAGCCCGUUCCAUGGAAAGUCUCCGUCCAAGUAAGGAUUCGUCACCGGCCCGCCCCGCCAGCUCUUGUACUACUGUUCGCACUCAUCGGAGCUCUUUCUUGACUGCAAGUGAGCGUGAUGUUCGAGAGUCACGGGGUGCACCGGCUCGACGGGCAUUAUCAGGUGAAGACAUGGGCACAUCUGCCGAAAAAAGACGUGGGUUGUUCGCUAGCACAGAACGGCGUGCUUUACAACAACUUAGCCUGCCACCUCCUGAACGACGUCUCACUAUCCUCAGUCCUCAUAGUCCUAUGGCAACCUCGGAGUUGCUAUGGCCAUCACCAUCUGGUAUACGGGGAAGACGAAAAAAAGGAAUGGUGCUACCAAAACUCAUUUUGCCUCGUAGCGAGUCGGAAGCUUCGGAGGUGUUUUUGGAAAGGUGA